AUGCUGGUGGUCGACGCGCCAAGGCUGGCUCCGCUAGCACCAGUCUGCUAUGAUGAACUCCACGCCUACAACAAUCUUCCGGAGCCUUCAGUCGAUUCCGGCGCUAGCUCGCCUAUUGCCGCCAAUGCUUCAUCUGUUCCUAUCAAUGACAGCAAGAACAUUGUUCGCAGAAAGCUGACCGGUUACGUCGGCUUUGCCAACCUGCCAAACCAAUGGCACCGCAAGAGUGUUCGCAAGGGCUUCAACUUUAACGUCAUGGUCGUUGGUGAAUCUGGCCUCGGCAAGUCGACCCUCGUCAACACUCUUUUCAACACCUCGCUGUACCCUCCCAAGGACCGCAAGGGUCCCAGCUUGGACAUCAUUCCCAAGACCGUCUCGAUUCAGUCCAUCAGCGCCGAUAUCGAGGAGGCCGGCGUCCGCCUCCGCCUGACUGUUGUUGAUACCCCCGGCUUUGGCGACUUCGUCAACAACGACGAGUCCUGGAGACCCAUCAUCGACAACAUUGAGCAGCGGUUCGAUGCCUACCUUGAUGCGGAGAACAAGGUCAACCGCAUGAACAUUGUCGAUAACCGUAUCCACGCCUGUGUCUUCUUCAUCCAGCCUACCGGCCACUCUCUGAAGCCCCUCGACAUCGAGGUCAUGCGCCGCCUCCACACGAAGGUCAACCUGAUCCCUGUCAUCGCCAAGUCGGACACUCUGACCGACGAAGAGAUUGUCAGCUUCAAGUCUCGCAUCCUUGCCGACAUCAAGCACCAUGGCAUCCAGAUCUUCGAGGGCCCUCGGUACGAGCUCGACGAUGAGGAGACCAUUGCUGAGAACAACGAGAUCAUGUCGAAGGUUCCCUUCGCCGUUGUGGGUGCCAGCAACGAGGUCACCAACGCCGAUGGCCGCAAGGUUCGUGGCCGCAGCUACCCUUGGGGUACCAUCGAGGUCGAUAACGAGGAGCACUGCGACUUCGUCAAGCUUCGCCAGAUGCUCAUCCGCACACACAUGGAGGAGCUCAAGGAACACACCAACAACAACUUGUACGAGAACUACCGUACCGACAAGCUCACCGCCAUGGGUGUUGCACAGGACCCCAGUGUCUUCAAGGAGGUCAACCCUGCUGUUAAGCAGGAAGAGGAGCGUGCUCUGCACGAGCAGAAGCUUGCCAAGAUGGAGGCUGAGAUGAAGAUGGUCUUCCAGCAGAAGGUUGCCGAGAAGGAGAGCAAGCUCAAGCAGAGUGAAGAGGAGCUCUAUGCUCGUCAUAGGGAGAUGAAGGAGCAGCUCGAUCGCCAAAGACUGGAGCUUGAGGAGAAGAAGGCCCGCAUUGAGAGUGGUCGCCCGCUCGAGAAGGAAGGCAAGCGCAAGGGUUUCUCCUUGCGAUAG